GGGAGACCUCCUGACUCUCUGCAAGUCCCUGCCAGGAGGUUGGAGCCAGGUGGGGGUGGGGCUGUUGUGCCAGGAAGCAGCAGUAGGACAAGAGGGCUGGGUCUGGAGCUGUGCCAGGGGAGGUUUAGGUUGGAUAUUGGGAAGCAGUUUUUUGCUGAGAGAGUAAUCAGGCCUUGGAAUGGGCUGGGCAGGGAGGGGGUGGAGUCCCUGUCCCUGGAGGUGUUGAAGGUGAGAGUGGAUGUGGCCUCAGUGCCAUGGUCUGGGAAGCACAGCAGGGUUGGAUCCAGGGCUGGACUUGAUGAUCUCGGAGGUCUUUUCCAACGUGGCUGAUUCUGUGAUUCUCUGAUUGCCAUUCCUGUGGCAGCACAUGCUUGAGGCUCCAUCCCCAGGGUGAGAGAGAUGUCUGUCCAUAUCUAUCUGCAAGGUUAGUCUGUAAAUGUGUGGUGUUAGAAAAGCAGGCUGAGUUGUGGGCUGGUUGUAGAAGGAGAAAGAAGCCCCCAGCCCAGUGCAAGCAGGCAGCCCUCAGCUUGCACCUGAUGUCCCCUCCCUGCAGGUUCCUGUCCUUGAGCCCAGGCCCUGAGGAUUUGUCCUUCCCAAAGCUUGGGCAGAUGAAGGAGGCUGCGAGGAAGAGGAAGAUGCCUUGGGCCCCCCAGGCAGGCCCCGAGCUGAGGACGGAGAGCCCGGAGGACAAAUCCCCCCGGCAGAGCCUGGUGGGAGAGGCCGUUUUGAAGGGCUCCCCGGCGCAGGAAGGCAGCAGGGAGGAAAAGGGCCGGAGAUCCCCCCACAGGAGGGGCUCCAAAGCCAGCCCAGGGUGCUCUGAGGAGGAAAGAGCCAGCCUGUGCCGGGAAGGCGGCUGGAGCUUGAGCCAGAGCUCUGACCUGGUGGUCCCUGAGCAGCCUCCCAGCAGGGAGAAGGCCUUCAGGUGCUUGGAAUGUGGGAAGAGCUUCAGGAAGAGCACCCAACUCCUCACCCACCAGCACAUCCACACUGGGGAACGGCCCUACACAUGUAGGGAAUGUGGGAAGAGCUUCAGGGACAGCUCCAACCUGAUCCGACACCAGCGCAUCCACAGUGGGGAACGGCCCUACACAUGUAGGGAAUGUGGGAAGAGCUUCAGGCAGAGCUCCAACCUGAUCCAACACCAGCACAUCCACACUGGGGAACGUCCCUACAAGUGCUUGGAAUGUGGGAAGAGGUUUCAGACCAGCUCCAAUCUCCUCCUGCACCAGCGGACACACACGGAUGAGAGGCCCUUCCGCUGCACCGACUGUGGGAAGGGCUUUAAGCGGAACUGCAUCCUCAUCAUCCACCAGCGGACACACACGGAUGAGAGGCCCUUCCGCUGCACCGACUGCGGGAAGGGCUUUAACCGGAACUGCACCCUCGUCAGGCACCGGCGCAUCCACAGCGGGGAGAGGCCCUACAAGUGCUUGGAAUGUGGGAAGAGCUUCAGGAAGAGCACGAAACUCCUUGCCCACCAGCACAUUCACACUGGGGAACGGCCCUACACGUGUAGGGAAUGUGGGAAGAGCUUCAGACACAGCUCCAACCUGAUCCAACACCAGCACAUUCACACUGGGGAACGGCCCUACACAUGUAGGGAAUGUGGGAAGAGCUUCAAGCAGAGCUCCACCCUGAUCCGACACCAGCGCACCCACACUGGGGAACGGCCCUACACGUGUGGGGAAUGUGGGAAGAGGUUUCAGUGCAGUGGGAAUCUCCUCAGGCAUGAGCAGACACACACGGAUGAGAGGCCCUUCCGCUGCACCGACUGCGGGAAGGGCUUUAAGCGGAACUCCCACCUCAUGAUCCACCAGCGGACACACACGGAUGCGAGGCCCUUCCGCUGCACCGACUGCGGGAAGGGCUUCAACCAGAACUCCACCCUUGUCACCCACCAGCGCAUCCACAGCAGGGAGAGGCCCUACAGCUCCAGCCCCCGCACCCACCAUCUUAUCCACACUGGGGAACGACCCUACAGGUGCUCGGAAUGUGGGAAGAGGUUUAAGACCAGCUCCAAUCUCCUCCUGCAUGAGCGAACGCACACGGAUGAGAGGCCCUUCCGCUGCACCGACUGCGGGAAGGGCUUUAAGCGGAACUGCAUCCUCAUCAUCCACCAGCGGACACACACGGAUGAGAGGCCCUUCCGCUGCACCGACUGUGGGAAGGGCUUUAAGCGGAACUGCACCCUCGUCAGGCACCGGCGCAUCCACACCGGCGAGAGGCCCUACAAGUGUGGGGAGUGUGGGAAGAGCUUCACCCAGAGCUCUACCUUGACCAAACACCAACGGACCCACCAGUAAGGGGAACCCUGCGAGUGCCCCGACUGCGGGAAGAGCUUCGGCCGCUGCUUCCACCCCGAAUGAACCCCCUGAUGGGGAGGCAACCCCUGGAGUCCAGUGACUGUCACUCCAUCCCUUUCGACCACAAAGGGCCAGUCCCCUUUCCCAGGGGCAGCUUCUUCCAACAGAACCCUUCUUGGGGGUUGUGUGUGGAGAUUCCUGCCUUGGCUGGGGACCCCCCAAGGUCACUGCUGGAGGUUGAGAGCAGAGAUCUCCCCACCAGCGUUGGUCUCGGGGAGUUCCAUCCAUCUCUAAUUAAGAAUUAUUGCUUUUGUGCCAGUUUGAGUAGAAUUGCUUCAACAAUUGCUUUAGUGUAGAGCACUGUCCUAUCUUACCCUGUACUCCUGGUAGUUUUAGUGUUUGUAUUGUGCAGUAAAUAAUUCUGAUGAAGAUCUUCUGUCUGAUCAUUUGUAACCCUAAAUAAGUUCAUUUCUAUCAAUAGUUCUGAUUUGCCAUCAUUAAAAGCUGGGGGACAAAAGUG